AUGUAUCUACGUAGCAUCAUUGCUGCCACACUUGCAACAAGUGUUAUCGCCCAGACCCAGGAUGCACCAGAGAUUACUGCUUCUUUCAAAGAGCAUGUUUAUGAAGCCAAACUACCCAAGAAUCCAUUCUUUGAAAAGGGUUCUCUAGUUGGAAACAUCGAUGGGUCUAUAAGGGCCCAGUCCGCUGCCGAUGGUAAAGGCGUAGACUUUACAGUAUCGUUUUCCAAUCUCCCGGAAGAGGGUGGUCCAUUUCUGUACCAUAUACAUAACGCAGCUGUUCCUAGCGAUGGCAACUGCACUGCGACUCUUAGCCACUUGGAUCCUUUUAACCGAGGGGAGAAACCGCCUUGCAACCCGUCCGCAGCCCAAACCUGCCAAAUAGGUGAUCUGAGUGGGAAACAUGGGAAGGUCACCCAGGAUCCCUUCGAAGAGGAGUAUAACGACCCUUUUGUAAGCCUUUCGGCAAACGAUGAGCAAUUCAUAGGCAAUAAAUCAAUUGUAUUGCAUUUUGGGAACCGAACACGGAUAACUUGCGCCAACUUUGUCAAGGAAGGAGUUGCGGACACUGGUCUUUAA